AACUACAAAUAAUUAUUUGCAAGCGCCUCCACUACAGUCAUACAUAGUAAUAAUCCUGCUGAUCUCUGUGUUCAUGGUGUUGUUCUUUUGCUGUGAGUAAUUCAGUUCAGGUGUUGAGUUUAGCGUGAUCACAGCAAAAGGUUGUUGAAGGUAGAUUUGGAGCUCUCCAUUCAGCACAAAUAAUUGAAAGUUUUCCUGGUAAAAUUCUCUUCCAAUACUACUUACUAGCCUAAUAAUAAGGGAUAAUGACGAACAACUGAGUUGAUGAGAUGGCAACUAAUCGUGGCAGGAAGAAACGGAAGGCCACUGCGUCUUUCACCUUCCCGAUCCCACCAUUCGUAAACAAACAAGUAGACUGCGAUGAGGACACCUUGCCGCCAGCUCAGUGGCCGAAAUAUCGUGGAUGCCUUGUUGGCACAAGUGUGUGGAUUGACAAUUGUGCGGAGGGCUCGAGUUUGGACAGUCAUGGCAGUUCCAGUGAUGUUAUUCAUCGUUUUGGAUGCUUUGGGAAAGGAACGCUGUCGCGGAGCAAACCGGGAGAUGUGGACAAGGAGCGCAAGAUCCUUGAUGUUCGUCGACCAAACGUUAACCUUGUCACAAGGCGACAUGAAGCCGAGCUGCAGGCACAGCGAGAACUAGCACGUGAUCGAGUAUGCCUUGAUCUAUGUCAUGCUGACCCAGAGCAAGUGAAUAGUCUGUGUACUGAACAGGCUUUGGAAGGUCGUGUUGAAAUCCUUGACCCAACACUGGCUGCGGCUGAGGAGGAAGAACUGGCCAGUUUCCGGGAGCGAGAGCGCUCGCCGGAGAUUUCCCACUCAGAUACUCUGAUCUGGGUGCCUGCGGCUGUUUCCGAGCCGUCGCAAGCCAGCGUGGAACAAGUUUUUGAGUUUGCUCCUGAUGAUGACUGGGGAGUGACGACAACGACAACUCCAUUGAGUACUGCAGACCAUCAAGAAGAUCUGGCAGACACCAUACAUGAUGAGCCCAUGGUGACUGAAAGUAGCGAUGAACUGCCCGAUGUCAGCCCGAUAGGUUUAUCUCAGUUUGCGGAUGGACGGUCCGUGGUGUCUGAGUGUGCUGAGGAAGCUGAAGCUAGACAGCCAAUGCUUGGCUCCACAGCACCAAGCAACAGUGUCAAAGACCCAGAUGCAUGUGCAGCAGAUUUUGGCUUGAGCAAAGCUGAACCAGAAGAGCAUGUUUUAAUCUCUCAAGAUGAGAAAACUGAAGCAGUCACCAUUUCCGACCACUAUCACUUGCCUUUUAGAGAACGCUUAGUAUUGACCGUGGAAGAAGCUUUCUUUCUUCACUUUGCUCUUGGCUGUCUUGAUGUGUAUGUCAUUGAUGACGGCAAUGGAAAAGAGAGCACUAGUUUCAGCACAAGGGAGCUGUGGCUGACAUGUUGCCGAGUGCAGACUGGCUUUCUCUAUCGCUACGUAGUGUACCACUACUUCCGUGCUAAGGGCUGGGUGUGCCGGCCUGGUCUCAAGUUUGGUGUUGACUUUCUCUUGUACCGCACUAGCCCGGAGUUCUACCACUCUGAGUACGGGGUGGUGAUUUCCAGAGACACUGGAGAAGAACAAUCUUCCUCUCCUUCCACCUCAGCGCCGUCAUCUCUGAACAGUCCAACGGUCUGCAGUGUUCCUCCAGCAUGGCCUCCAUCUUGGCUGGAUUUGAUUCGCGUUGGCCGCGUUGGCGAGGGUGUCAUGAAGACUAUAAUCCUGGCGGUGGUACUUCGGCCUGGACAUCUGCCUACAGAAGAUGCUGACUGUUUUGACCACCUUCAUGAGUUCUCUGUUCAGGAGCUGGUACUGGAUCGGUGGGUUCCAAGUCGCACCAGGCAAUCAUAGAAAGAGGACAGCCGGAUGAAGUUCUCCAUCUUCAGAGCACCGCAAGCUUGUUUUGUAUACAGACUUUGCAAUUGAGAUCUUUUACUUUUAGAGUUCCUUUUUUAAUAUGCCAAAUUCGAGAAAACGGUUUAGAGAUGUGGGCAACGUUAUAAAUUAGCCAAUCAUAUUUAUUCACUUGUUUUUAGGCCCUAUGAAUAAGCGCCGAGGAGACUAGACCCUGAUUUGUGGUAUUGCAUUACAGUUUGAUCAUCAACUCUAAUGGGGAUGCAGAACACAGAAUAUGGUGUUGAACUGCAUGCUUGGCCAGGGUUUCCUGGGAUCUCAUAAUAUAUUUUUACUUACACACAAUGCCAUGUCAGUCUUGAUAUCCGAUACUCACUUCAUUAGAAGCCCCUCUUGAAUACCCCCCCCCCCCCACACACACAUACACAACUGUUUGAAAAAAGAGGCCACCAUACUGUUAGGGAAAUGCUAACCAUCUAAUUAAAAUUUACAGAUGAAGUCCAUCGGCUAGAAUUCUAGAGUUGUCCUGUGAUGCAGGAAAUUAACCAAUCCACUGCUAGAAUACUGGUGUUGUAAUAUUGAUAUGUCUGAACUCUAAACCCAUCCUACAGAAGAAGCAGCGUACCAGAACAGACAGCCCUGAUGAGUGUUUGCUGCCGACGUGAAAUCAAGAUUCCGAUUUUCUUUUCUAUUUCUUGCACUGUACAGUAGUGUCGGCGUGUCCAAGAACGUUGUGUCCAAGGGGUUAGCCUGGGGCGUUCUUAGUUUUCAGCAAUCCGCCUGCGUUCUUAUAGCACGUUCUUAGAAACAAUCAUAUGUGGAUCAUAUCUGAAUCGUAUGUAUCCCGAAAGCUGCCGGAAAACCAGCACCCCCGUUCUUAGCUUUAGGCUGUGGCGUUCUUAGCAUUUCAGGCUGGACGUUCUUGGGCUCCAUGUUUUUCGGCGCACGACUCUACUGUACUUCUCUAGGGCUGUGAUCGUUUGGUCAGACCCAUAGGAUCCACUCGAUGUACAGUGAUCGAUUGGUCGAAUCCCGAUCCUUCAGAUUUGGAUCCGAGCAACCCUGCUCCGGGAGCAGGGUUGACCGGAUCCAACAUGCAGAUUCAUUUUUUGCCAAACAUGACGUUUGUACGUGUUUGGCGGGUAAAUGAUCAUUGUGAUAUGCAUUUUGUACACAUACACGUGGAAAAGCGGUGCACCUUGCAGAUGCGUACGAACCUGGAGUAACUUUUCGAUUAUCGUUUUUCUACCUCAACAUGGUCACGGUAGCAGUAUGUUCCAAAUGUGAUCGGUUGAUUCUGAGGGAUCCAGUGGAUCGGGGAUUUGGAUCUUGAACCGGAUCCGACGAAAUGAUCACAGACUCCCCGGCCGAGUCGUGUUUCACUUUUGUUCUGCAUUCUGGAUGUGUUGCGGCCAUCUACAAAAAUUCUUCUUCACCCCGUUGCUUUUCCCAUUAGGAUCCCACCCUUGCAGAAUAUUGGAAUGAAGGUGUGACGAUUACAUGAUUGUACAUUUGGACAUUGACUAUAUGCAUGUACAUAUCCGACUGAUCAAUUAUCUGGAAUUGGAU